AUGACUCAAUUGUCUUGCAAGAAAGAAACCAAGUAUACCAUUUCAGAUGAAUAUGCAAAUGGAUUUUGCCAACAAGCUGAGGAGAAAGAGCCUCUUCUAGCUUUUGCCAUCCAAUCUGUAGAUCUAGAAGGCCAACUGAUUGAGCGGGAUCUUGCAAUUAGGAAUGUCCAGGCAUCUUUGUUCCAAGUGGGGGAUAUUUAUAGGGAUCUUGGAGCACUAGUUGGUUCUCAACAAACCUGCAUCGAUAACAUCGAGUCAAACGUAGAAGCAGCCACUGAGUUUACAACGCUUGCCAGAAAGCACCUAAACGGAGCUUCAGCUAGACCAAGAAGGUCUGCCGCUAGCUGCUGUGGAAUGGUCCCUGUUCUGAUUCUUGUUAUUAUUGUCUUGCUGAUAAUUAUAAUCCUUUUGGCGUAA